AUGGCUCGCAAUUGCCCUCUCCCGCUCUCAGAUGAGUGGGAGGACCCGGAUUCGUACGUUGAGGCUCUGCUGUCCUUCGCUACCUCCUCAGUUCUAUUCAUGAACCUGUGCGGCGGCGUGCAUAUCCUCGAUUUCCUCACCCGCGAGCCCGAUCUAUACACGACACUUCUUCCAGAAGAAUGGAGGACCUUCUUCAAUGACCAUGAUGUCCACGACAUUCUACGCCUCAUGCUACGAGAAGAUAUCAGCCCGUUGCGCGAAAAUACCGAGGAAAAUAAGAAUGCCAGUGAGAGCACUCGCACGUGGAACGGCGGCGCAUUCCCUCCGCGGACCCUACUGGACUACAUUUACAACGUUCGCCGCUUGGCCCUUCAACGAGAGUUUACUCCGGAUUAUUCCAACAAAACCAAAUUGCCUCGACAUGUCGCCGUAGGCAUGAACAAAAAGAAAGCGCAUGAGGUCCAAUACUUCUCACGCUACGUCGCCUCGCUCUCCGACACGGUGCGUGAGCACCGCGGUGAACCAGUGUCCCAUAUUGUGGACUUUGGAUCCGGGCAGAACUAUUUGGGGCGCACGCUGGCCAGCUCUCCUUACCACAAGCACAUCAUUGCAAUUGAACGUCGCCACCAGAACAUCGACGGGGCCAGGGAUAUGGAUGUGGCUGCUAAGCUGGCGGCGAAGCAGAAGACAAAAACGGUCUACGUGCAUAAUCGUCAGAAGUCCUGUGAUGGCUGCAAUGUGACCCCUGAAAGAGCCGCGCCCGACAUGACGGGUAGCCUACAACCUGAAACUACAGUGCCGGAGUCCACCGAAAAACCCUCGCUCCGAGAAGAGACCAAUGGCGAUAAAGAAGAUGUCACUAUAUUCAAAAUGCUCGGUGAGAUCAGCCUCGGCCCAGAGGACCUACCCACGUCUACCACGCAACAUUCAUACAAACCGAAGCCUGAGGAUGAAAUCGAUACGCGAGGAACUCUCAGUUACAUCGAACAUGACAUUCAAGACGGAUACUUGGAACCAAUCAUUGACCAUGUUGUUAAUCCAUCGCCAAUUGGGACUCCAAAUGAGGAUACACCUGGAGACACAUCCGUGAUCCUAGAAUCAGACGAGCAGAAACAAAGUGACGCUCGAGUGAUGGUGGUAUCACUCCAUUCCUGCGGAAACCUCGUCCACCACGGUGUGCGAUCAUUGAUCCUGAACCCAUCGGUAGUAGCCAUUGCUAUGAUAGGCUGCUGUUAUAACCUCAUGACAGAAAGAUUGGGUCCCGCAACUUAUAAACUUCCUGUUCUUCGAUCUCUCCACCCUCGUCUCAAAGAAACUGGAACAGCCUACGACCCUCACGGCUUCCCCAUGUCCAAGUACUUCGAAAAAUACGAAUCUCCCGGUGUAACAGGCAUGAAACUCAAUAUUACCGCCCGCAUGAUGGCCGUGCAGGCUCCGUACAACUGGGGCUACGCCGACAGCGAGUCUUUCUUUACGCGUCAUUAUUUCCGUGCCCUUCUCCAGCGUAUCCUCGUUGACCGCGGCGUCCUACCCAAGCCCCGGGUUCCCAAAGAUCCUUACGGUGGCGACCCUUCUGAUGCAGAAGGCCUGCCACCCGUUCUGAUCAUUGGGUCCCUCCGUAAGACAGCGUUCUCGUCCUUCACUGAGUACGUGCGCGCCGCCACGGUCAAACUCCUCCGCGAUCCGGCACAUGGCUCAAAGAUUCAGGAGCGCAUCGCGAGCCUGACGGAUGAGGAAAUCGCCCAGUAUGAGACGGAGUACCACCACACGAGGAAAAACCUCAGCCUAGUCUGGAGUUUGAUGGCCUUCAGCGCGCAGGUUGUGGAAGCGGUGAUUGUUGUGGACCGGUGGCAAUUUCUGCGCGAGCAUGAUUCCGUCAAAGAGUGUUGGGUUGAGCCCGUGUUCGAGUAUAGCGAGAGUCCGCGAAACUUGGCUGUCAUCGGACUCAAAAAGUGA